CCCAAUUUCCUUUUGUUAUCCUUACCACUUUACCAGCAGGCAGAGAGCCUUCCUUUUCCGAUUCUCUAUUUCCUUUCCUCCUUCCCAAUCUCCGAUCCAUCCCUAAAAACAACUGACCAGAGAUCGAUGAUGAUGAUGAUGAAGAUGCCUUGGAGGAGGAAGAGCAGGAGCUUCCAUCUUCAGCUACAAGGGGCAAUUGGUACCAUUCAAUCUCCAUUCCUAUUCUUAUUUACCAAUUAUUGCCAUUCUUCUACUUCCACACUUGAAGAUGCACGCUUCUUGACAAAUAACUUCAAAUCUGCUUCUUUUACCCACCUUGAUGAUGCCAUUGCUUCCUUCAAUCAUGUAAUUCAUAUGAAUCCUCUUCCUUCUAGGGCUCAAUUUAGUAGAUUCUUAUCUGCCCUUGUGAAAAUGAAACAAUAUCACACUGUCUUUUCCAUGUCCAAAACAAUUGAAUUGGUAGGAAUCUCUCACGAUGUUUAUUCUAUUAACAUCUUAAUUAAUUGCUUCUGCCGUUUACAUCUUGUGGAUUUUGGCUUCUCUGUUUUCGGGAAGAUGUUCAAAUUCGGAUUGGAGCCUACCACUGUGACAUUUACUACCUUAAUUAAUGGGCUUUGUAUGGAGAGUAAAAUCGAUAAAGCAGUGGAAUUUUUUGAUGAUAUGGUUGCACGUGGUUAUCAACCUGAUGUUCGUACUUACAGUACGAUAAUAAACGGAAUGUGUAAAUUUGGGAAAACAAAUGUGGCUAUUGGGCUACUAAAGGGAAUGGCUGAUAGAGGUUGUGAGCCAAAUGUUGUGACAUACAAUGCAAUCAUUGACGCACUUUGCAAGGAUGAGCUAGUUGGUGAGGCUUUAGAGCUCUUCUCUCAAAUGAGGAAUAAGGGCAUUUCACCUGAUGUCAUCACUUACACUGGUUUAAUUCACGGUGUUUGCAAAUUAGGCCAAAAGAACCAAGCUUUGGCCUUGAUGAAUGAAAUGGUGGAGCAGAACAUAUCACCUGAUGUUUAUACCUUCAAUGUAUUGAUUGACGCUCUUUGUAAGGAUGGAAUGGUUUCAGAGGCUCAAAAUACAUUCAAUGUAAUGAUUCAAAGAGGUGUAGAGCCUAAUGUGGUCACCUACAAUUCCUUAAUUGAUGGUCUUUGCAUUUCAGACCAAUUCAAGGAAGCUUUGGCCUUGUUGAAAGAAAUGGUGGGGAGGAACAUAUCCCCUAGUGUUUUUACCUUCAAUAUAUUGAUCGACACUCUUUGUAAGAAAGGACUGGUUUCAAAUGCACAGAAAAUAAUCAAGAUAAUGAUUCAAAGAGGUGUGGAACCUGAUGUUGUCACUUAUAAUUCAUUGAUGGAUGGAUAUUGUCUGUGCAAGCAAAUUGAUAAGGCUAGAAAGGUAUUUGAUCUGAUGGUGACCAAUGAAAUAGCUGACAUUUUAGGCUACAACAUUUUGAUCAAUGGAUAUUGUAAGUGCAAAAUGAUAGAUGAUGCAGAGGAACUUUUUGAUGAAAUGUCUCAUAAAGGUUUAGUUCCUAAUGUUGUUACUUAUCAUACUCUUAUAAAGGGUAUGUUUCAAGCAGGGAGGCCCCAAAAUGCAAAAGAGCUUUUUAAGGAUAUGUGCUCUCAUGGUCAACAGCCAGAUAUAGUAACCUUCUCAAUUAUGAUUGAUGGCUUGUGUAGACAGGGGAAUCUCGAUGAGGCACUCACACUAUUGAAAGCAAUGGAGAAAAGUCAGUUGAAGCCUAAUGUUGUGAUCUAUAGCAGUCUGAUCAAUGGUAUGUGCAAAGUUGGGAAGAUUAAUGAUGCCAAGGAACUUUUUUCUAGUCUUUUUGAAAUUGGUUUACAACCUGAUGUUUAUGUAUAUAACGCAAUUAUGAAAGGACUCUGCCAACAAGGAUUAAUGGAUGAAGCGUAUAAGGUAUUUAAAGACAUGGAAAAGGUAGGAUGUUUACCAGAUAAUUGUUGUUAUAAUAUCAUCAUUCAAGGGUUUCUCAAGCAUGAGGAUUUACCAAAAGCAUCAGAACUAAUCAACGAAAUGGUUGAUAAGGGGUUCUCUGCUGAUGAUGCUACCACAGAAUUGGUAGUAUAUUUAUCGCGGAAUAAUAAUCUCAUUCUGAGGCUUUUAAAGGUGCGCAAUGAGGGAUCAGCAAACUAAAGUUGUUAUAUCUUGACCAUUCAAGUGUAUCUUGGAGCGCAACUUGACAUGGACUAGAUCUCUUUGAUAUAAGAUUGUUGAUGAAUGGAGGUCAUGGAUUUCUAAUCAAGUUGCUGGUACUUGCAAGGAUAUGACUACAACUUCACCUUUCUAACCAUAAAGGGCGCAGGAUAUACAGUCCCAGAAUACAAGGUAAGAGAAUCACAUGACUUCUACAGCUGUUGGUUGGAUGAAAUGUCACCAAAAUUAUAGACAACAAAAAAUGUUAUGGGAAUUGAGGGAAAAGCAAACAUCCUCUUUGUCACCUUUUUUUUUUCUAGUCAUCAAAUUGGGUAUAUAUAUAUAUAUAUAGAUCCUUAAUUUCUUUUAUUUUCCUUCAAGUCAAAUCAGUGAAAUCAUUGCAUUAGCGUCUAAUAAUAUGAAGUUCACAAUCUUUUCCAAUGAAAUCAAUUUUUUAACAUGAAAAUUUGAAUUUUAGAAAUGCUUGUGGAAGGUAUAUAUAUAUUCUUCCCUUUGAGAUUCUUUACUUUGUGCCAAGUUGAUUGGAUGUACUGUUUGAGACGUUAGUUAAGUUAGGCAAGAAAAGUUGUUUUGGUUGUUUCUUUUCUCCUUUCAGCAGUAUAUAAUGAGACAUCUUUUGUUUUUUUACCACUUUAUAAACCUUGUAAUAUACUCAAUAAAAUUUUCUUUGGACUCUUGUUUGUACAUGGUAUUUUUCUUUUUGCAAGACGCAUCUUUCAUGAAGUUUUCAUGACUGCUUCCAUGGGAAAUGGUUUGUUAGAGAAGGUGGGGCUGACAGGGUAUAUAUUGAGAGGUAGGAAACCAAUUGCAAAAUGAUUCAGAUCCUUCUACUCUUCAAAACUCACAUAAUCCAAGUAGGAUUCUCAUACCUAUCUGCACCGUUAAAUUUAGUAAAUUAUUCAACUUGGAGUAUGUCUAUGACUAUGACAGUUGCUUUAAAGAAAGAUUUGGGCAACUUAUACACCAAUUAAAGAAAGAAAUAAGUAGUUUGAGUCAAGAAUCUAUAUCAGUUGUUGUUUACUUUACAAAAUUGAAGAAACUAUGGGAUAAACUUGGUGUUUAAAGCAUCAUUAAAGAGUAGGUUGAAUAUGAGUUUGUUUUUAGUAUAAUUCUAUGUUCAGCCUCCUCAUUCUUAAAAGAAUAAGUUAGGAAGUUAGAAAGUUGGGAGUGGAGGAAAGAGUUUCAUAUAGAUUUU